UAAUUUACUUUUGUUGGGUUUUAACUUCACGUUAAACUUCAGUUCGUUUUUUUUUCCUUUUUUUUUUUUUUUUCCUCCUUUAUCAGCCUGUGGGUUAAAACCCCGAGGACUGUUCCGUGGAUGGUUUCAUUUACAAAUAAUAACCUGAUAGCAAUCACACGGAACACACUCAGCUUGUUAAUUAGCUGAUUUAGAAUACAGUCUUGCAAAGGCACAGGCGUACGUUCAAGUUUAUACAUGUGAGGAAUCCAACUGAACUCGGUUACGACAGGAUCGGGGCUUUAGAUGGGAGCUAGUUCUGCUUAUCCGUGCUCAUAAAAAUCCACCUUAAGUUCACAAAGCAUCGACGGGGAGGGGUGAGAGCUUUUCCCGAAGGUGAUCUUUGUCGGCUCCCUCUCUGGAGGGCAGAGAUUGUUUCUUGUGGUAUACUUUGUCCUGUUUUGAAUAGCAAUUGGCCUGUGCCACUUCCUCUGCGAGGCUCUUCCUCGACACAAUGGGAUGGUGGUGGGUUUCUUCCUGGUAGCCUGGAUUUUCAGUUUUUGAACUCCCAAAUUCAUCUGCCUCAGCCUCUCCAAAUGCUUUGCCCUCCUCCUUGAGUAUUUCAGCAUGCUUUCUUAAGGAGCAGUAGUUCAUUUUGAAACCAGCUUCAGUCAUUGCCGUACUCUUUUCCCAAGCUGUUCACGGCUGGGUGUGGGGCUCAGGAUCAUGCGCGGGACCCGGGGUGUAAUCUGCCCUGAGCUGAUUACAAGAGGACCUGUAAAGUCUCUGGGCUGCGAUACCAUGCAACACGGCGUUCAGUCAUGUAUGUGACUGCAGCUGGGAAGCCGGGGGGAUAAAGUAAUUUAUUAAGGAGGGAUGCUGAUUGUGCAGUCCUUGGGUCAUUAGUGGCACGGACCGCUUGUCUGUGGCAGUGGAGACCUGGGGCUGGGACCUCUGCGAGUGAACUCGUGCUGCUUUGGUUUAGUCAGGUAAAAGCAGCUCUUCUGUUUAGAUUUAAACAUGUUUAGGAGAGGACAGAGCGUAACCUGACGCUAGCCUGCUUUUAAGACGACAUAAAUUAGUAGGUCAGUUGGGGCUACUCGGCGUGUCCGCGGGCCUUUAUUCUGGGUGUAAAUAACAGUAAGCCAAUGGUCCAGUGGUGGAACCCGGCCAGAAACCUUUUCAGUUGGGCCCUGUUAAAACAGGAAACCAGCAACGAAUAGCCUGAUUACUAACACGGAGGAAAAACAAAGCUGGGUUGUAAUCAGCAGGAAUGCUUUAAUGAAAACAGAGCCUUGACAGCAACAACGUGGCUCCUGCUCUAGUAAAAAAUAUCAGCUGGGGCCGUGCGAGAUUUGUAGCCAGGACUUCCUGUCGCUGUGCCGCGCAGGAGUAUCUGUGAGCAGUUCAGAGGGCUGCUGCUCUAUUUAAAUGAGGAGAAGUUGUAACGCUGGGUUUCCUGCUUAACCCGAACCUGCUCUGUGUCACUAGCUCACCCUGUCAAUGUGACACACCGAGCAAGCCGGUCAAAGGGCAGCUCCGCCGUUGACUCAUUUCUUGCUAGGUGUAGUUGCAAUAUCAGGCAGCGAAACAGAGGAUGAUGACACUAUGGAUGUCCCACUGGAUCUUUCCUCAUCUGCUGGCUCAGGCAAACGGAGGAGACGUGGCAACCUGCCCAAGGAGUCUGUCCAGAUUCUUCGGGACUGGCUGUAUGAGCACCGAUACAAUGCUUAUCCUUCAGAGCAAGAAAAAGUGCUGUUAUCCCGGCAAACACACCUUUCCACACUACAGGUCUGCAACUGGUUUAUCAAUGCACGCCGCAGGCUCCUACCUGACAUGCUGAGGAAGGAUGGCAAAGACCCAAACCAGUUCACCAUCUCGCGGCGAGGGACCAAGCUUCCCGAGGGCGGCCUGGUGGAGUCCUCCAUGAGCACAAAGACCUUCAUUCCCCUGCUGGAGGAGAGCGCCUUCCUUCCCGCCGCCGCUGCACUCAGCAAGACUGUGUCCUCAUCCAAGCCUGCGUCCCCGGGAUCGGUCCUAGCUCGGCCCUCGGUGAUUUGCCACACAACUGUGACUGCAUUGAAAGAUGCCCCUUUCCAUUUUUGCCAGCCAGCUGAUGUAGGCCAGACCACGGACCUGCAGCAGCCCCCGGCCAACGCCUUCACAGACAGCUCCCUCUCCUACCACGAGGACGCCUCUAAACUGGGACCUGGUGCGAACGCGCAAAGUGGGCUCUUUAACACUCCUCCUCCAACCCCACCAGACCUUAAUCAGGAUUUCAGUGGAUUCCAGCUACUGGUGGAUGUUGCACUCAAAAGGGCGGCAGAGAUGGAGUUGCAGGCAAAACUUAUGGCCUAAAUCCCCUUCCCUCUCUUUCCCCAUCUUUUUUUUUUUUUUUUUUUUUUGUCUCCAGGCAGGGAUCUAACAGCUGUGUGGUUAUUGCCACCCACACAAUAUCAAGAGACUUAACUGCAUUAUUAUUAUUUUUUUUUAUUAAUCUUAUUUGCACAAGGGAUUGCUGAAAUGAAGCUUCCUGUCACUGAGAUGGUCUUCAGUGGAAUAUGGUCAUUCCAAGAAUUACAAACUUAAAGCUACUGUAGAAAGAAAGGGUUGUGUGUGUUGUUUUUUUUUUUUUAAUGUUUCCUUUGUAGGUUUUUCAUAAUGUGAGAUGGUUCCCAAGAUCAUGUGAUUUGUUUUUGUUUCUUUCAGACUGUGCAAUAUCUAGUAAUGAUAUAGAGUCUUCUUAUCAUUCCCAUGCGGAACAGAAUAUACCGACACGCUGUCUAAAGUAAAUUUUCAAUUUUUUUUAACAAUACGAACUUUGGAUGAUUAUGCUUUUUUUCCCAUAAUGUAAUAAAAUAUUUUCUUUAAAAA